AUGUCGUUCCAGCUAUACCUCCGCCCACAACCGCGGACCUUCUACCUCUUCUCCUCCACCCAUGCUCUCCUAUUCAAACAACCGGAUCAAGAUGAGCUAGAACAGGAAUUGAAUGAGAACGUCUUCCGAGCAGCAAUAUCGCGCAAAGAAGGGAACUCGGCCAUCGUCGAGUUGUUAAAUUUGGAGGAUGUCGAUCAGCGAGGUCUGAUCAAGGUGAACGCAGGGCGUUCUAUUGGGGGUCUUCUCGGUCUGCUCAGUCUACCUAUCGACACAAAUGGAUCAUCAGAAACAUUUCUCGUCCUCAUCUCAUCUUCCCUCACUCUCCCGCCUAUCAUCCCCCAGACGCAUCUGACCCCCUCCAAAGUCCUCUCGGUGGAAUUCCACUGUUUAGGUUCUUCCCUGUGGGACGACCCUACUUUAGUCCCACUCGCACCUCAACCCGGGGAAGAAGCGUUCGAGGAUGACGGGUAUUAUCAGUCCGCCUUUGCCUCCUCGAACCUCAAUAAUGGCAACCCGCGAGACCCAUAUAACUCCCCGGCGGCAGUGCCACCUCCGCUGAACCCAGCUGAAGGGAUCAAGAAGAUCUUGUCUACGGGGACCUUUUAUUUCGCCACGAAUGGCGAUUGGGAUAUGAGCAGGAGUUUGAGGGGGUGGGAUUGGAAGCGAAUGAAGCGGGAGGUAGAGGGCAAAGGAGAGGGAGAGGGGUGUUUGGAUGGGAUGGAUGAGCGGUUCGUUUGGAACCAAAACAUUUUGCAGCCGUUGUUGCACUUCCGUCAAUCCCUCUUGCCAAUGCAGCGGGCUCAUCUAGACGACCAGAAAUUCCUCGUCCCCCUCAUCCAAGGAUUCGCUGGAGCUGUGGCAAUCUCACCAUCCCGUCUAUCUGGCACUCAACAACAGCCACAAACGAGUCUCGCUUUGAUCAGUCGACUCGGCUGGAAACGCGCUGGAGCUCGAUUCCGGACCCGAGGUGUCGACGAUGAUGGCAACGUCGCCAACUUUGUCGAGACCGAGACCAUUCUCGCUAUGGACGACAUGGUCAUGAGUUUCCUCCAAGUCCGAGGGAGCGUCCCCCUCUUCUGGGAACAAGUGGGCAAUCAGACGUUUGCUCAGAAACUCCAGAUCACGCGACCUCAAGCGGCGAGCCAACCGGCUUUUGAUAAGCAUUUCUUGGAUCUGAUCGACCAUUACGGGAGUGUACACUGUAUCAACCUCCUAGGACAGGGCGAGAACGAGACGAUACUCUCGGACAUAUACAACGCCCACCUCGUCUCCCUUUCAAAUACCUUGAGGGCGUCGGAUAGGACCAUCAACCCGUUGACCGGGGAGGAAGAAGAUCUAGUCACUCUCACACCUUACGAUUUCCACGCUAAUGUGAGGGUCAGUGGACAUGAUGUUGUGAAAGAGGACUUUGGCAAGAGGAUAUCCAGUGUGAGGGAUACGCGGGAGAGGUACGGGUGGAACGUGAUCGAUAGAUCUUCGGGGGAUAUUGUCAUGCGCCAGUCUGGUGUCUUUCGAGUCAACUGUCUGGAUUGCCUGGACAGGACGAACUAUGUCGAGGAUGUCUUCUCCUCGUUGACUAUCUCCAGCUUCCUCGUCUCGCUCGGCCAUUCGACCUCGUCGGCAUACUCGACAACCGCCGCCAUCCUCUCUGCUCAUCGAGGAUUGUGGGCGGACAAUGGGGACGCCCUGUCGAAAAUCUACGCGGGUACUGGAGCACUCAACACGAGUGUCACAAGAAGUGGGAAACGGAGCUUCGCCAGUCUAAUCAGCGAUGCCAGUAAGAGCGUGGGGAGGGCGAUUCAGGCGACGUUCAAUGAUUCGGACAAGCAGGCCUCGAUCGAGCUGUUCCUGGGCAUCAUGGCCGGACAAAAGCCUGUCCGAGUUUACGAUCCGAUCUCAGAUUCGAUCCAGGCCGCUCUGACAUCGAGACUUUCCGAAUACUCUAGUCCCAAGGAAGUUUCCAUCUUUACCGGGACUUGGAACUUGUGCGGGAGGGCCUUGAGCGGAGACCUGGAGGAUUGCUACGAUCUGUAUUCGAUCGCCUUCCAGGAACUUGUUCCAUUGAAUGCGCAGCAGAUACUACAGACCGAUCCCGCGGCGAGACGCAAAUGCGAAUCCGUUCUUUCCGCGACUUUCGAACGUCAUGCUGGCAAGGACGCAUACGUCCUGCUGCGAAGCGAACAGCUGGUUGGGACCGCCAUUUUCGUCUACGUCAAGGCCGACUUGCUAUCGUCCAUCACCCGGGUUGAAGGCGCUUCCAGAAAGGCAAGUGCUGCUUGUCGCACUGGAUCGACCGGCUUGCGCGGAAUGUCCGGGAACAAGGGUGGUUGCGGUAUCCGCCUGGAUCUACAUGAUACACCUUUAUGUCUCAUGACGUGUCAUUUGGCGGCCGGCCACACCAAUGUCGCAGAACGUAAUGCGGACUUCCAUACUAUCAACAACGGGUUGGCAUUUCAGAGGGGAAGAACGAUCGCUGAUCACGAUGUGAUAAUCUGGGCGGCUGAUUGCAAUUAUCGUCUCAACCUGUCAAAUGAAGAAGUCCGGACAGCUAUUGACGGGAGGGACUUCCAGCAGCUGUGGGAAGCCGAUCAGCUUCGCUUGUCUAUGGUGCAUAAAGACGCUUUCGCUGGAUAUAUCGAGGCUCAGAUCGCUUUUCCCAUGCGUCUUAGCGAUGUCGGCACCGAUGAUUACGAUACGAGCGAGAAACAGCGCAUUCCUGCUUGGACAGACCGAAUUUUAUGGCAAGGAAAACUGCUCGAGAACAGGGACUAUACCAUUGCGAACAUCAAAACCUCCGACCAUCGUCCGGUUUACGCUACUUUCGACUUGACGGUCCAUAUCGUCAACGAGGCCAAGAAACAAAAGAUCGUGGAUGAGCUG